CGUCCCCUUCCAAUGCAUCAGCUAAGAUUAAAACAUUUACUGCUCUCUUCGAUCACUUCUAGCAUUUCCUAUUAAGUGUGUUAAGCGUCAUCUUUGAUUGAUCUGAAGGUGAAAAUGGUAGCCAAUUUGCCAGAGAAAGAGCACCCAAGAAAGGCCUUUGGAUGGGCUGCUAGAGACCAAUCCGGUGUCCUCUCUCCCUUCACAUUUUCAAGAAGGGAAACGGGAGAGAAAGAUGUGUCUUUUAAAGUGUUAUAUUGCGGGAUGUGUCACUCUGAUCUUCACAUGGUCAAGAAUGAAUGGGGCACUUCUACUUACCCUCUUGUCCCUGGGCAUGAAAUUGUGGGAGUGGUGACAGAGGUAGGGAGCAAGGUAGAAAAAAUCAAGGUUGGCGACAAAGUUGGUGUGGGUUGCAUGGUUGGAUCUUGCCGCUCUUGCAACAAUUGUAACAAAGAUCUUGAGAAUUACUGUCCCAAAAUGAUACUAACUUAUGGUGCCAAGUACUAUGACGGAACCACCACUUACGGAGGAUAUUCAGACAUCAUGGUUUCCGAUGAGCAUUUCGUUGUUCGUAUUCCAGACAACCUUCCACUUGAUGCUACUGCUCCUCUACUCUGUGCUGGGAUAACAGUGUAUAGUCCCUUGAAAUAUUAUGGACUAGACAAACCUGGUAUGCAGCUGGGUGUGGUUGGCCUUGGUGGGCUCGGUCACAUGGCAGUAAAAUUUGCAAAAGCAAUGGGGGCCAAGGUGACAGUGAUUAGUACUUCCCCUAACAAGAAGCAGGAGGCUAUUGAGCGUCUUGGUGCAGACUCAUUUUUGGUCAGCCGUGACCAGGAUCAGAUGAAGGGUGCAAUCGGCACAAUGGACGGAAUAAUUGAUACAGUGUCUGCAAUGCACCCUCUCUCGCCAUUGAUUGGCCUUCUCAAAUCUGAUGGAAAGCUGGUCUUGGUUGGUGCACCAGAGAAGCCACUUGAGCUGCCAGCCUUUCCAUUGAUCGGGGGAAGGAAGUUAGUAGGUGGCAGCUGCAUUGGAGGAAUGAAGGAGACUCAAGAAAUGAUUGAUUUUGCAGCCAAACACAGCAUAACAGCAGAUAUUGAAGUUAUUCCAGCUAAUUAUGUGAACACUGCCAUGGAGCGGAUGCUGAAAGCUGAUGUUAGAUAUCGAUUUGUCAUUGACAUUGGCAACACUUUGAAGCCUGGCCACUAAACUUAGGACACUUGGGAAUUUGACUGGUCGCCAAUAUCAACUAUGUGAUUCCUUUUAGUUGUUUAGAUUUCAUUAAACGUGGGAAAGCUUUCUGGUAAUGUAUUGUUAUUAUUCAAGUGGUAAGAGGUAUCAAAUUUGAGUUUUUUCUUUUA